UCUCUCUCUCUCUCUCUCUCUCCAGCCCGUCGACUUCCCUCGAGCACCAAAAAAAAAAAAUAAGCAAGCACCUCUCUUUUUUUCCUCGCUUCCAGCUUCCCCACAACACGUCUCGCCAUGCCUCCUUUUGUCGAGACCAUCGAUAAAGACUCUGUGCCCGUGUCACGGCAGAAACAGACAGCGCAACACCAGGAGACGCAACACCCGGACUACCGCUUUCCGCUGUACCUGGGCCGCUGGAAACGCUCUAUUCCGUACGUACACGAAGAUUUCGCCCGCGAUGACAUGGACGAGCCCCAUCUCAAACGAAAGCACACCAUUCUUCGAGAACAUCCCGAAAUUGAAAAGUUGUACGGCACGGAUAUUCGGACACUCUACGUCGCCAUUGCCAUCAAUGUGGUGCAGCUAUGGAUUGCAUACUACUUUGGCCGCGUGUGGACACCACCAGCGUACGUGUUUAUUGGAGUCGCAUACUUUGUUGGAGCAACCCUGACGGGGGUCAUUGGCGUGAUUAUACACGAAGCGUGUCACUGUCUGGUGACCAAGACUAAAAUACUCAACCGGUACGUGGGUUUAUUGGCGAAUAUCUGUCUUCCGGUACCGAUUGCCCAGUCGUUCCGCCGCUACCAUAUACAGCACCACUCGUGGCAGGGCGUCGAGGGACUUGAUCCAGACUUGCCCCUGGAGUGGGAGAAAACAUUGAUCCAAGGCAACGCGCUGUGCAAGCUGCUGUGGAUCAUGAUCUACCCGUUCAUGUACGUGAUUCGUGGCGCCGUUAUGCAGAGCGACCGCAACCUGACACCGUCCAAAUGGGAGAUCAUCAACACCGUGUUCACAGUUGCUAUGGAUACGCUCAUCACCAAGACCUGUGGAUGGCGCGGUCUUGGCUAUCUGUUCCUGUCCCUCUAUCUCGGCUAUUCGUUGCAUCCUGGCGCUGCCCACUUUAUCCAGGAACACUAUACCUUUGACGAUGGCCAAGAGACGUACUCCUACUAUGGCAUCCUCAAUAUCCCGUUCAUGAACAUUGGCUACCACAACGAGCAUCACGAUUUCCAAAAGAUCCCAUGGUCAAAGCUGCCGAAGCUUCGGUCAACAGCACGCGACUACUACGACAAGCUCUCGUACCAUACGUCGUGGAUCAUGGUCCACUGGAUGUUCAUCUUCCAGAACACGCUUGGCCCUCAGUCGCGUCUUGUGCGGACCUACAAAGACUUCAAACAGGGUCGCUCGCUCCUUGGCAAAAUGCGGGUGUACGAAGAAAAACAAAUACAGCAGCGCAAUGCCAACAAGGAUGCAAACAAGUGAAAGCUCUCUUUAUUGUUAUUAUUUAUCUUGCCCUCUUCUCCUCUACAACAACAACAACAUCAUCCCAUCCUCUUCUUCUACUUGUACUUUGUCAGCCGUCCUUUCUCAUUAUAUAUCCCUCCCUCUCUUCCUACAUCAUCUUCCAUCACUCCCUCCUCUUUUCCUCCUUUUCUUUUUUCUCAGCACAUAGUAUCUAGCACACACACACAAAAAAAAAGACCUACGUUCGUUAAUCAUCGAAAAGAACAAAUGAAAAAUUACUAUUCCCU